AUGAGUACAGCUCCGCCACCAUGGCGAGCAACUGCUGCGCCUGUUUAUUCAUCAAGCGCGUACAUUCCAGUGCAGGCGCGUCGUAGCCUCGCUCAUCAUACUUCUGAAUCUACCACAGCCAAAACGGAGCCGAGAGAGUCGUCGUCGUCACCUAAAACAGCAGAUUCUAAAACUGGGAAGUCAAAAAUUGACUGGCCGCCAGCUGUUCGCCAGUAUGUCCAACGCAGCUUCGUCCCCGAGUUCCAAAUCGCGAGUGUGAGUCGGAUGGAGAUGGAGCAAAAACUCAAGCAAGUUAUCACCGAAGCCGCAGAAAAUGGUAACCUUUACAAUGUUGAUUGGGAGAACUUGCCGUUACCGCAACAAAUGAUUCAGAAUGAGCGAAAUAAGAUUCUCACUUCCGCCCUUUCUGCUUCCUUGCCAUCUUCAUCCCCUACCAAAUCACAAGAUGUUCGCCAGCAGAAAGUAGAGAAGGCGAAGGAAGAAACUCCCAAGAAGAGGAAAUCGUUAGAAUUUAGCGCGGAGGAGGAUGAGCCGGAAAAUAUCCCACCUUGGAGAAAGACUAACACACGCAAUGAUUUUGAAAACCGCAUUAGUUACCCAUCUACAGCUGAUAAACGGCGACGGAUAGAUAGCAACAACCAUAAUUUCAACAGCAAGAAUUCAAGUAAGUUACAAAAUAACCUGGAGCUGCGGAAACGGCGCUUUGAGGAUUCGCAUUUGGGGUAUCAAUCUCCACAGACUGGUAGCUCUUCUCGCGAUGAAUCACCGGAUGUGGGUUCAGGGCCAGUCAUCGGACGUUGCCAAACGUUGGAAAAGAACUAUUUCCGAUUGACUUCAGCCCCCAAUCCUGAUACCGUUCGUCCUUUGCCAGUUCUGAAAAAGAUGCUCGAUUUAUUGAAGAAAAAAUGGCGUCUCGAGAAUAACUACACCUAUGUUUGCGAUCAGUUCAAAUCCAUGCGCCAGGACUUGACCGUCCAGCACAUAAAAAAUGAGUUUACAGUGAAUGUGUACGAGAUACAUGCCAGGAUUGCUUUGGAAAAAGGGGACCUCGGUGAGUAUAAUCAAUGCCAAACGCAACUGCGGGCAUUGUAUUCGCAAAAUCUUGGAGGACAUCCCAUGGAGUUUAUGGCAUAUCGCAUCCUAUAUUUCAUCCAUACUCGCAACCGAACGGCCAUCAACGACGCUUUGGCAGAUCUAACCCCUGCAGAUAAAUUGGAUCCCGCUGUGAAACAUGCUCUGGAUGUUCGAUCAGCUUUAGCGUUGGGGAAUUACCAUAAAUUCUUUCAACUUUAUCUGGACACGCCGAAUAUGGGUGCUUAUCUCAUGGACAUGUUUGUUGACCGGGAGCGCCUUGCAGCACUUGCAUGUAUUUGUAAAGUGUAUAAACCUGAGGUGAAGAUAAGAUUUAUUACUGAAGAACUUGGUUUUGAGUCCGAUGAACAGGCUGCCCGAUUUAUAUUAGACCAUGCCCCAGAGAAUUUGCUCCAGGAAAAGCCUGAUGGGGUUAAGCUCCUUACCGGAAAAGCCGGUCAGGUUUUCGAAGUAGCCAAAGCGGAAGCUCACAAGGUAGUCGACAUAAAGGGGCAGAUCUAGUCAACCCGUUCGAUCCCUCCCAAAACAAGCUUUUUCCGUUGAACUGGAUCCUGCCACUCUCUUCAACUUUGAUUCUUGUCUCGCAUAUUUCGUCCUAGGCCGUAUCCCGAGCGAUACAUCGGCCGAAUCCUCAUAUUUCUUUUCUUCCUUAAUCUUGCUGCUUAUUCCCUCCAUGAAUUUUCUUUUUCUUUCACUCUUCUUUUUUCCCUUCAAUCUUACUCUUAUCUCUCGAACCACAAAUCCAUCCGUCGUACAUAAAUGCUCAAUCGAAGCCUACCUAUGGAUUAUCGCCAUAUUAUGAUCUCUCUUUUCCCCAUCCUUUUUCUUCCUUCGCAAUCGACCGGUUACACAUUCGGGAUACGCGGCCUUGCGGAAUCUUUUCCCCCGUUUUCGUUGUGUGUUUCCACCGGGCAAUAGCCAUUUUUGGUACCGAAAAUAACCCUUGAAUUAAAUCCUAGCCGUUUCUGCAUUCGGAUUUUUCGUCAUGAGAUUUUUUAUUGGGGUUGGGUAUAUGAGAUGCAUGGGGUGGAUGGUUUGUUAUUAACUCUGCUUCUCCGGUGGGCUCUCUGGCGCCUACUUUUCAGGUGGGAGCCUUGGAUUCGCCGCCUUCAUUUCUGCUUAUGUUUCCCCGUCCAUUUUUAUGGAGAUCUUCAUUUAUAUAAAUAUAAAUAUUAUUAUAUUAUAUAAUUAUAUAUAUAUGUAUGUAUAUGUAUAAAUAUAGAAGAAUCUAUAAACAUUUC